AGUUUGUGGUGCAGCCUGCUCCAGCAGUGACCUACAGAACCAUUGGAGGCAUCCUGGACUUCUACAUCUUCCUGGGGGACACUCCAGAGCAAGUAGUCCAGGAGUACCUGCAGCUUGUGGGACUGCCAGCACUGCCCGCCUACUGGAACCUGGGGUUCCAGCUCAGCCGCUACGGUUACGCCUCCCUGGACGAGGUGAAGGAAAUUGUGGAGAGGAACAGGGCUGUCAACCUGCCCUAUGACGCCCAAGUCAUUGAUAUUGAGUAUAUGGAAAAAAGGAAAGAUUUUACUUAUGACAAAGUGAAAUUUAAAGAGCUCCCUGAAUUUGCAGCUUAUUUGCAUGACUAUGGACAAAAAUACAUCAUCAUAUUGGAUCCUGCUAUCAGCACCCAAAAUCUGUCUGAUGGAAGUUCCUAUGAAAGCUACAGGAGGGGAACAGCAAGAAAAGUCUGGGUUAACGAGUCAGAUGGAGUAACACCAUUACUUGGGGAGGUAAUUGUGGUUUUACAC